UAGAGACCGCCAGCCAAGCCCUGUCCAAUUCCUCCCAGACCACACGCCGCCGCCGCCGCCGCUCGAAGCCAUCCGGCAGCCACUGCGGCGGUUCACUUGGGCCAGGAGGCGACCUCGACAUGUUCGUCAGGGUGCUCAGCCUCGACACCGCCCGGGCCGCCGCCACGGAAGAGGACAUGGACGUCGACGGCGGGCGCCCCCCGGCACCUGGUGCUCGCCACCAGCAGGAGGGGAGCGGCUGCAGCUGUGGAUGCGCGGGCACCGUCGCGCCCCUCCUCUCCUCGCCUGGCGCUAAAAGGAAGCGCGCUUGCGGCGGCGGCGACGGCGGCUCGAGUGUCGACUCCGGCUCGACGUCGCGCGGCGAGGUCGACGCGGUGCAGCCGCAGAAGCGGCGGCACCUAGCGUGGAUGCGGUCGCACCAGGGGCUCCCGUCUGGCUCCGGCAGGGUCUCCUUCGCACCUCGCGGAUUACGCUGUAGGCGAGGAAGCGACUUGGGUGAAGGGAGGCAGAGAAGUACAAAAACGAACCACCUAAUGCACUGGAUGUGUUUAAGGACUGCCACUAUAGCAAAAAAGAAAGGCUUUACUCCUGAAGUUCAAUCAGUUAUUGUCGAAAUGGAGGAAAAGCUAAAUGCUGCUGUAGAUGAUGGUGAGCAGCCAAAGAACGUGGAGCAGGCUGUCUGUGAGGUUCUUGUUAAGAAAACAAAGAAGAAGAACAGUUUCUUGGUAAAUUUGUGGAUGAAAACCAAUGUUGUUGGUGACAAUUGUGAUAGUCAGCGUGAAAUGAUGCAAUGUUCUGUGAAUGCUCCAUUGCAUGGUCUGUGAACUUUUGUUGUAAUUUGUGACCAUGAUCUGUCAGCUGCAGCAGCAAUACUGUUUAUUUUCUUUUGACAGUAGUGGCAACAUCUAUGAUCAUGGUGUAUGCAUCUGCAGUUCUAUGGCAGACUAUGUAACUGAAUUAUGUUAUGUUAUGGCAUUGGACCUCUAUUUAUAUGUAUCUUGAGUUGUGUUGGUGAUGAC